AUGACUAUGCUCAGAUGGCUGUUGUUGCUGGUGAGUCGGCGCAAAAGUCGCCUCGCUACUACAAUGGCACACAGGCCCGCUGCUGCUGAAUGCCAACGCGCAGCGCAGCUGCCCUACUUUGUGCGAGUGCACUACGAUGACUACGCCCAGAUGGCCGUCGUUGUGGUGGUGGCGCUGUUUGAGAGCACUGACAGUGCGUGGAACGGCUUCCAGUCCCUCACCCGCCUGCUGCAACAGCGGGGCACGGCGCGGGUGGUGGCGUCGUGGCAGUUUGACAGCAGGGUGAGCGCGGAGACGGACGUGAUGGCGGCGUUCCUGCAGGUGCGGGCAGUGGAGGCGUCGGUGUUUGUGCUGCACCUGCACAGCCCCACCACCAUCCGCAUUGUCCUCAAAACAGCGGCGCAGCUGGGGCUGUUCACGGCAGGGUAUGUGUGGAUCGCGACAUCGGGCGUCAUGUCUGUGCUGGCUGCUGAGCUCACCCCUUCCCUUCCCUUCCGUCCACCACCCCGCGCCUCUCUCGCCUCGCUCCAUUGCCCUGGGCAGCGGCACAGCUGGGGCUGUUCACAGCGGGAUAUGUAUGGAUCGCGACAUCGGGCGUCAUGUCUGUGCUGGCUGCUGAGCUCACCCCUUCCCUUCCCUUCCGUCCACCACCCCGCGCCUCUCUCGCCUCGCUCCAUUGCCCUGGGCAGCGGCACAGCUGGGGCUGUUCACAGCGGGAUAUGUAUGGAUCGCGACAUCGGGCGUCAUGUCUGUGCUCAGCACCGACCGCGCUCUCUCCCCCAUCCUCGUCGGCUGCGAGGUGUGUGGGGCGCACGGCAGGACGGGCAGGGCGGGGAGGGAGGGCAGGGAGGGCAGGGAGGGCAGGGAGGGCAGGGAGGGCAGGGAGGGCAGGGAGGGCAGGGCGGGGAGGGAGGGCAGGGAGGGUAG